AUGUCCCUAUGGUGCCGUGCCAAUGACUCGGACGAAUCGGAUUACUCGGACGUCGAGUGUGACGUCGACGUGGACGCUACUUUAAAAUAUUUGAUUACUGCACCAAACCAGCUGGAUCUCAUCAGUCAAGACGAUGAAGAAAUUGCCCCGAUUAUAACGCAAAAGGCAUCACUUAAGUCGGUGAUGGACCUGUUAUCAUCGGGCGUCCAAGGGAAAAGUCUCACACUUGAAUCGCUUGCAUCGAUGGCUUCUGCUUCUUCCAAGACUCCCGUUUCAUUGUUGGAUAUUGGUCAAGUCUAUAGCUGGCGCACUGCUUAG